AUGAAUUGUGUUUGCAGACAGGAGCCAGGCAUGGGCCCUGAAGGCAGCAUGGGCCCCGGAGCCCCUCAGCCCAACAUGAUGCCCUCAGGAGCCGAAACUGGGAUGUACUCGCCCAGCCGCCCCCCACCACAACAACGGCAUGAGUCCUACACCAAUCAGUAUCCAGGCCAAGGAGCGCCCCCUGGUGGCCCGUACCCCAAUCAGCAGCCAGGAAUGUAUCCUCAGCAGCAGCCGAACUACAAGCGUCCAGUAGAUGGGGGUUACGGCCCUCCUGCGAAGCGCCACGAGGGGGAAAUGUACAACUACAGUGGUCAGCCGGGCCCCCAGCCCUCGGGGCCCCCGGGCCAACAGGAGAUGUACAACCAGUACAACGCGUAUCCUGGAGGAGAACGAAGACCCCCAGGUCCCCAGAACCAGUUCCCUUUCCCCUUCGGACGAGAGCGCGUCCCCUCGUCUUCAGGUCCAAACUCCCAGUCUCCCAUGCCUCCUCAGAUGAUGGCGAGCGCCAUGCCAUCGGGCCCCGAAGGCCCCCAGGGUCCCAUGUGGCAGGGACGCAACGAAAUGGGUUAUAAUUACCCAAACCGACAAGGAGCGGGUCAGAAUCCCGGGUAUCACGGCAUGAAUCGCUCAGAGGAAAUGAUGCCAGGGGACCAGCGGAUGAAUCACGAUGGUGGUCAGUGGCCGGGUCAUCAGAGGCAGCCUCCUUUUGGCCCCGGGGGCUCCGGACCCCCCAUGACACGCCCCCUACCGUCCACCUAUCAGACCUCUCAGAACCACAUUCCUCAGGGAAGCAGUCCAACGCCAAUGCCACGACCCAUGGAGAGUAGGACGUCGCCAAGCAAGUCUCCGUACAUGCACCCGGGCAUCAAAGUACAGAAAGCAGGACCCCCGAUACCCGCCUCUCACAUUGGACACGCCCCCGUUCAGCAGCCGAUGAUCCGGAGAGACGUGGCUUUCCCCCCCGGAUCUGUGGAAGCAUCACAGCCACAUCUGAAGCCCCGAAGGAGACUCACCGUCAAAGAAAUCGGCACUCCUGAGGCCUGGAGAGUGAUGAUGUCUCUAAAGUCAGGAUUACUGGCUGAGAGCACCUGGGCUCUGGAUACCAUCAACAUCCUGCUGUACGACGACAACAGCAUCACUACUUUCAACCUGUGCCAGCUGCCGGGCUUCCUGGAGCUUGUGGUGGAAUAUUUCAGACGCUGCCUCAUCGAGAUCUUCGGCAUCUUAAAGGAGUACGAAGUGGGCGACCCCGGCCAGCGAACGCUCAUCGACCCAAACGCCGCCGAGGACCACGUGGACGAAAACCCAAUCUCCGAGGAAAUGGACGUGGACGAAGAAGACGAGGAAGACGAGGAGGAGGAGGAGGAGGAGGCGGAAGUCGUCGUUCCCUCGUCGCUGGUUCAGGUGAAGCUGGAGGAGAAACAGCCGUCUUCAGAGGACGAGGAAAAGGAGAAAGAGUCGCCUGUUAAAGAACCCGUCACUUCGCAGAACUCUGACUCGGAAAAGCCGAAACAGGCGAGUAAAUUCGACAAACUCCCGCUCAAAGUGGUGCGAAAGAGAAACCCCUUCCUGCUGAAUCCGGCGUCUUUGCAGAGGCAGAGUUUCGACAGCGGAUUGACGCACUGGAGCAUCGGCGGAGGAGACACGACGGAGCACAUCCAGACGCACUUCGAGAGCCGAUCGGACCUCCUGAAGCUGCGGAAACGCAAACCGACGACGAACAGCGAGAACCGCAAGAAGGUGGGGACGAGAGACGAGUCGGAGAACACGGAGAAACCGCCGCCUACUCUUAUUCCUCCCGUCACCGCCACUAUCGACGACGUCCUUUUCGCUCGACCUGGAUCCGUCACGGAAGAAGUGGUUCGAGGAGGCGCCGAAGAGCAGAAAGAAAACGGGAAAUACCUGUUCAGUAUUAACCCCGAAAUGCAGAGUCGACGCAACAUCAAGAUCCUGGAAGACGAGCCUCACAGCAAAGACGAAAGGCCGCUCAGCUCCUUGUCCGACUGGCAGGAUUCGCUUUCUCGCCGCUCCAUCUGCAUCUCAAACAUCGUGCGGAGCCUCUCUUUCGUGCCGGGAAACGACCUGGAGAUGUCGAAACACCCGGGCCUCCUGCUGCUGCUGGGCCGCCUCGUGCUGCUGCACCACAGGCACCCCGAGAGGAAGCAGGCGCCCGUUACCUACGAAAAGGAGGAAGAGGAGGAUGAAGGAGUGAGCUGUGAACGGGACGAGUGGUGGUGGGACUGCCUGGAGGUUUGUGGAAGAAUUCUUAAC